AUGUCGGCGCCUACAGCUCUUCCAACAUACCCACCUAACUUCGGCUACCAGCUAAACUGGUGGCUCUACGGCAUUUUCACGAUGCAAGUUUACUCGUACCACACCCAGGGGUUCAAAGACGGCUUGACGAUCAAGACGCUCGUAUAUGGCUCAUUCUUGAUCGAGACGGUCCAGAUUUGUAUCGCAACGCGCGACUCGUAUCACCAGCUCGUACUCGCGUUCGGCAACCCGGCGGCCGUCGCGGAAGCGUACUAUACGUGGCUUACGAUGCCUGUGUGUGUUGGCAUCAUCAGCAUGAUGACGCAGCUGUUCUAUGCGUACCGGAUAUACAUCCUGAGCCAAAUUCGUGUGCUUGCCGGUUUUAUCGCUUUGCUAUCCGUGACGCAGGGUGCGGCUGCCAUCGCGGCUGGUCUCAUCGUUGUGACCGCCAACUCGAAAGACGUUGGGAGCAACACCACGAACGAUCUCGCCCCAGUGAUGGUGUGGCUCGUACUUAGUGUCGUUUGCGAUGUCGCGAUCUUCUCCGCCAUGACCUGGAUUCUGUCGACCCGCCGCACGGGGUUCCAGAACAUGAACUCGGUCAUCAACAAGAUCAUCAUGCUGACCGUCGAGACCGGAAUGGCCUCAGCCGCAUGCGCGAUCACCGUGCUGAUCCUGUUCAACGCCUACAAAUCGGAUAUCUACUACGCCCUGCCGGCGGUGAUGCUCUCCAAGAUUUAUAGCAACUCGUUGCUCGUGAUCCUCAAUAACCGCAGGACAAGCGGCUCGGAGGGGACCAAGAGCCACCUGAGCUCGAAUGGGCCGACGUCGUCGAUGCCGGUGCGGACGACGGUGAACGAGUUUUCGCCCGGUCGGCCGUCACAGCACUUUCAGAACUUUACGAUGGUUCAUCUGCCUGCGCGAGAUUCGCACCGGUCGCUGAGCUCGACUAAGCCCGUUCUUGAACCUGACAGCGAUGACAUUCCAAAGACGCCUACCUUCCAAUCUACCUUCUGA